AUGGAUACUGGCCGGCCAACUUCCAUCGCUGUAUUGACAUGUUGCGAUUCCUUUGAAAUUAUCAUCAUCAUCAUCAUCAUCACCAUCAUCAUCACCAUCAUCAUCACCAUCAUCAUCAUCAUCAUCAUCAUCAUCAUCAUCACCACCAUUAUCACCAUUGUCAUCGUUAUGGCUUCUAACAACACCUCUACUAAAGAAGCUCCUACUCUCACAGUGGAAGUAGACGACAGGGUUGCCAGCUACAUCGCUCAAAAGGACAACCCGACGCCCUCUGAAGCCGCAGUACUGGCUGUCCACCAGUCGAAUAUGGCCGCCGCCGCCGCCGCCGCCGCCACUACCACCACCACCACUGCCAGACCGGGAGAGGCUAACGCCAGAGGCCCCGGCUCCGGCCCCGGCGCCUGGCCCUCAAGCACUAGCGACGUCGCGUCUCGGCUUGCGAGUUCCGGCUUCACCGACUUAGGGACUGACACCCGCUGGUCGACUUUGGAGCCUGCAGUACGUGAUAGGUUGGAGAGGAAUAUGCUGCUUUUUGAAGACCAGUGGCGUGAAAAUCCAUUCAGAUUUGGGCACCAGCAGGAGAAGGAGGACCUCCAGAGUUUCCAUCGUCCUCUGCACCGUCACUAUGAACAACAACAACAACAAAACCAACAGCAGCAGUAUACUGCACAGGACAAUCAGUUUGGGCUGCCUCCGCCUUUCUCCAUCCAACCUCAAGGACAGCAUCGGCAUCGGCAGACGGCGGCGGCGACAUUGCGGACACGUCAAGGCGAUCAAACCAACGGAGCCUCGUGUUCCACCACCCAGGCGAGGGUCAAGGAGCUUCCGGCCUCUCAGCGCAAGCAUCUCUUGGCUGCCGUCUAG